AUGAACAUAUUAAAGAAGAACACCUAUAGUAUGUUAGUGAGGUAUAAAAGUGUGAUGUCAACUAUGAAAAUUGAUAAAAUGGCAUCGAUAUUUCCCUGUGACGAUGUAUCACAUGUGAAAGCCGCAGAAUACCUCGAAAGAGGAGAGGUAAUAGCUGUGCCAACAGACACAAUAUAUGGACUUGCUUGUAGUGCUAAAUGUCCAGAAGCAAUAAAAAAGCUUUAUACAAUCAAAGGCAGAGAUUCAAUUAAACCAGUCGCUAUCUGUGUUAAUUCAAUAUUAGAUGUAAGACGCUGGGGUGAUGCAUCUCAUUUGAGUGAUAGUUUACUUAACAAUUUGCUUCCGGGACCCGUUACUGUAGUUCUAGAAAAGACAAAAUAUUUAGAUAAUCCAUAUUUAAAUCCUCAGACAACAAAAAUUGGUAUUCGCAUUCCUGAUAAUGUAUUUAUAAAUAAUAUGACCAAUGUAUUUAAUAAACCUGUGGCUUUAACGAGUGCAAAUUUUAGUAAUGAACCAUCAACACUGUGUAUAGAAGAAUUUAAACAUCUCUAUGAACAUUUGGGGGCAGUGUUUGACGGUGGUACUUUAAGUCGAGGCCUUAAUGCUAACAGAAUAGGUUCAACAAUAGUUGACUUGUCCGUUAAAGGAGAAUAUAAUAUAAUUAGAAAAGGUAUUUCAUAUGAAAGAAUUGUUGAAUUUUUGAAUAGUUAUGGCUUAAGAGGUGCUGUUAAAUAA